GUAGUGCGGCAUUUUCUAGACCCCACGGCGGACUUCAAGGCCGGGCGGCCUGGGAGUUCGGUGGGGAGCAGGAGUCCCGCGGGGCCCCACGGGAGUCGUAGUCCAGCGCGCAGGGAUCACCGGGAGCUGUAGUCCAUCCCGCCUGCCCAGUCAGCGCGGUGCUGCCCGCCCCGCACUCGGAGCACGGAGCCGCAACCCAGGAAGGGGAUGCGGAAGCCCUUGGCUCGGUGGAGAGGAGAGGCAGGCGGGGCGAGCGCCGUGGUUGGGGUUCGGGUCGGUGAAGGGCUCCAUUCCUUGAUGUCCGGGGAAGGGGCCUGGUUGCCGGCAGGAGCCGAGGACGGCAUGUCCCAGGCCCCGGGAGCACAGCCGAGCCCACCCUCUGUGUACCACGAACGGCAGCGCCUGGAGCUAUGUGCCGUCCACGCCCUCAACAACGUUCUGCAGCAGCAGCUCUUUAGCCAGGAGGCUGCCGAUGAGAUCUGCAAGAGGCUGGCCCCAGACUCCCGGCUGAACCCUCAUCGCAGCCUCCUGGGCACCGGCAACUAUGACGUCAACGUGAUCAUGGCCGCUCUGCAGGGGCUGGGCCUGGCCGCCGUGUGGUGGGACAGGAGGAGGCCCCUGUCCCAGCUGGCCCUGCCCCAGGUACUGGGAUUAAUCCUGAACCUGCCCUCGCCCGUGUCUCUGGGGCUGCUGUCACUGCCGCUGCGCCGGCGGCACUGGGUGGCCCUGCGCCAGGUGGACGGCAUCUACUACAACCUGGACUCCAAGCUGCGGGCGCCCGAGGCCCUGGGGGACGAGGACGGAGUCAGGGCCUUCCUGGCGACUGCGCUGGCCCAGGGCCUGUGCGAGGUGCUGCUGGUGGUGACCAAGGAGGUGGAGGAGAAGGGCUGCUGGCUUCGGACAGACUGAUCUCAGCUGACCGUCAGCGCCCACAGCACAGUCCCUGCGCGUCCCCCUCUGACUGCGCACACUGCGUGCCUGGGAAAGGCCUGGGGAGGCCCGGCCCCCUCCCCACACCCCUGCUCCCCACUGCCGCUGCUGCCUCAAUAAACCUGCUGAUUUUCUGCC